AUGGCUGGCAGGUAUGUCAAUGAGGACACCGUUGAAUCUGAGCGUCCGUUGAAAGUUUGCGCCGAGGCUGGGAGAAAAUGUGUGCGGAACAUACAUCAGUACCCGGUUUUGUCCGCUGAGUGGAUAGCCUUGGUGGACUCUUUGAAGCAGCUGUCCAGACUAGUCCAAUUGGAAGGUCGAAUGCCUGUUAAUCCUAAGGUUCUGGAAGCUCAGGGACGAGACAUGGACUCUGAGGGAACGCUCUGGGACCAGGAGACGCAUGAGAAUGCCAUACGCAUUUUGGUUGAAGAAGCCAAAGUCAACUUGUGCCUCAGGAUGAUGUAUGACUUCAAGAAAUGGCAGCAGAGUCCUGCUGAGAGGCAGGCGACGAUGGAGGAAGCCAUGAAGGCGUACGACUCUACAGAAAUGCAGCUGGAGCAGAAAUGUAUUCAAUUUGAGGAGUGCCUGGGCACACUUCUCCGGAAGGCGUUUAUGCAUGUCGAAACUUUGCAGCUCAUGGACAUCCCGCUUCUCAUUGAGCACUGUGUCUUCAUUCUGCAGGGCUGUUUCAGUUCACUCGGUGACAGUCUCGGAGAUGCUCGCCUCCAAGAGUCCGUGGUCUUAUACUACUUCGCCUCGUUGAUGAAACAUGCUGAGGCAUUGAACAACUCUGAACUGCUUGCACGAAGCCGUGAGCUUCAAUUGGUGGAGCUGGCAGUGAGCCACUUCCUUCGCUUCGCGGAGCAGUUUCCUGAUGAUCUGAAGCACAGCCUUGCAGAAGGGCUCGCGGCCAUGGCGGACAACGAGGAUUUCAUGACCGAGUGGGAAUCCUUCUUCCCAAGUCCAGACGCCAAGGCAACCUUCCUCAUGCUACAAGACAAGCUGACAGCUCCCAUUUUGGAGGACAAACCUGAGAAGCGGCGGGAAAUCAGACCACUUCUGGACUUCUUCAAUGCCAUCAAGCGGUCCAUGUGA